ACAUCUGUGGCAGUAAUGGCUACAGUGGGUCAGCACUUGGAUGCCAACAAGACAGAAUUCCACCACAAUAAUCUUGUCAAUGUUACAACAAACCUCACAAAAACAAUGGAGGAAUUUUCUUUGACUGGCAACAUCUCACAGCCCAAUGUUGCAAUCCAGUCUGCUCCACUGAAAUUCAGUUUCUCUGCAAUUCUGCUUUCGGCACAGAGAGGUACAGCACUGGAAUAUUAUCAGUCAACAAAACUAGAAAUACAGGAAAAUGUCCCUGGGCUUAGUGGUGAGUUCAGUAUUGAAGUUCAGAUACUGUUCAACAUUAUAAAUAACACCUUUCAGAUCCAAUAUAAAUACGCGAGGCCUUUGGACUAUAUUUCUUACAUUGGUGUUGGACUGUCCAUGGGUGGUCUGAUUAUUACCAUUUUGUUUCAAAUAUUCACUAGGAAAACUCAAAAGUUGUCUGUAACGUGGAUGCUAGUGAGUCUCUGUUUCUCUAUGCUCAUUUUUAACAUCGUCUUCAUCUCUGGAAUUGAAAACCAGAAUGCCAAGAAUCACAGCAGCGAUACCUUCUAUCUACGGAAUCACUACCAGUGAUACCUUCCUCAUGAUAAUGCCAGCAACACCUUACUCGCACCUGACACAGCAGAUCCUCCCGCAGACUCCUGGUGCAGAGCCAUGGCUGUCCUACUGCACUAUUUUUUGUUGGCGACACUUAUGUGGACAGCACUCGAUUCUGCACAGUUGUACUUAUGGCUGCUUCGAGCCACGAGGCCCCUGCCUGGACUUUUCCUCGUGACCAUGUCAGUAAUCGGAUGGUUAGUUGCAAUAGCACUUGGAGCUACUUACAGAGAAGGAAAAGCUUUAAACUACUGACAGGAAGAAUUGAAUAAAAAGGAUUCAUUUAUGAAAAAGGUGACUGGCACUAUCUCUAUAGUGGUAGUGCUCAGAACCACAUGGACGAUAGGCUACCUCAUAUUAGUAAGUCAUGAAGAAACAAGUCUUGUUUUCGGCUAUAUGUUCUGCAUUUUAAACGCUACCCAGGGACUUCAGAUUUGUGUUCUGUGUACCUUCAGAUCACCAAUCUUCAAGAAAAAAGUUUCCAAAGUGUUUCUUGUUUUCUGCAUGCCAGAGGUACCACUAUAUCUGCAUUCAAAAACUUACUACAUUUCAAAACCACAGCCUGCAAAAAAACAUUCACAGGAAACUUUCAGAUCAGAGAAUAUUUCCCUGUCUACCUUCCCUAACUGGAGUGGACACAGUAGUGCACGCCGGGAAGGACAGCCUGCCUUAGCAGGGCAACGACUGCUGGAGCACGCACAGGCUUCUCUGUGGGAGGGUGGCGGCCUGGGACAU